GAAACGCUGAAGCACUCCAUUCUGUUUAUGAUUUCUAUUUAUGAUUGACGCUGCUGUUUAAAGCUAUAUUUUUUAAUGUCUGCCUUAUUUGUAUUAUUACACAGUUGGGGAGGACAGGGGAGAUAGGGUGGACAGCUCCCUGUCUAGUAGUUGUAGCGAGUUAUACGUCUUCUUGAGGAAGCGCCGACAGACCGACAGCUGUGCGAGUUCGCAUUUUCUAAUAAAACAGCAGCACGAGCGAUGGCUUCGGCGUAGCAUUUUGUACUGUAUUUUUCAUACAGCGGCGAAGUCGACAUUGUGAAGGUUUUGUUCUGUGCUAGUUUCGUGGUGUCCGUGUGUUGGCAUGACAUAGCAGCUACGAGCAAGAGCCGCUUCGAUUAUGGGAACAUUCAGGUUUGAGGAACCCUGAUCCGAUUGGCUCCGGCACCGCCCUACCAGGUGACCCUACAGCCGGGGAGACGGGUAAGGAGACCCAGCCACAGCCUCCCCUGUCCAACAGUGCGUUGCACUGUGCCUACCACCACAACCAUGCCCACCCCUAGCGGCAGCCCCGAGAGAGAGGGCUCCACAGGGGGACCCAACCAGCUGGAGUGUCCCCCCUCCUCUCCCCCAGGCAUGGACCAUUCCAUGGGCAGCCCCCUGCUCAGCCCGGACUCAUCUUGCCAAGAUGCCAUGCUCUCAGCCCCCGCCGCCUCCCCCGCUGACUCGGAGAGCCUGAGCCCCGAUGAGCUAGAGCUGCUGGCCAAGCUGGAGGAGCAGAACAGACUUCUGGAGGCAGACUCCAAGUCGAUGCGUUCGAUGAGCGGCUCGCGGCGGAACAGCGGCUCGUCCCUGGUGUCCAGCUCCUCUGCCUCGUCCAACCUGUCCCACCUGGAGGAGGACACCUGGAUCCUGUGGGGACGCAUCGUCAACGAGUGGGACGAAUGGAGACGCAAGAAGGACAAGCUGCUCAAGGAGCUGAUCCGUAAGGGCAUCCCACACCACUUCCGGGCCAUCGUGUGGCAGCUGCUUGGUAACGCCACAGACAUGCCAGUGAAGAACCAGUACUCUGAGCUGCUCAAGAUGUCCUCGCCCUGCGAAAAGCUCAUCCGCCGGGACAUCGCCCGCACCUACCCCGAGCAUGAGUUCUUCAAGGGCCAGGACAGCCUGGGUCAGGAGGUGCUCUUCAACGUCAUGAAGGCGUAUUCUCUGGUGGACCGGGAGGUGGGCUACUGCCAGGGCAGUGCCUUCAUUGUGGGCCUGCUGCUCAUGCAGAUGCCAGAGGAGGAGGCGUUCUGUGUGUUUGUGCGUCUGAUGCAGGAGUACCGUCUGAGGGAGCUUUUCAAACCAACCAUGGCUGAACUAGGCCUCUGUAUCUACCAGUUUGAAUACCUGCUGCAGGAGCAGCUCCCGGAGUUGAACGUCCACUUCCGUUCUCAGAGUUUCCACACAUCCAUGUACGCCUCCUCCUGGUUCCUGACUCUCUUCCUCACCUUCCUCCCCAUGCCCGUCGCCACACGUAUCUUUGAUAUCUUCAUGUACGAGGGUCUGGAGAUUAUAUUUCGUGUGGGCAUGGCCAUUCUGCAGUACAACCAGACUGACCUCAUCCAGCUGGAUAUGGAGGGCAUGUCUCAGCACUUCCAGAAGUUGAUCCCCCACCAGUUUGACAGCUGCCCAGACAAGCUGAUCCUGAGGGCCUACCAGGUCAAAUACAACCCCAAGAGGAUGAAGAAGUUGGAGAAAGAGUACACCACAAUCAAGAACAAAGAGAUGGAGGAGCAGAUAGAGAUCAAGAGGUUACGCACAGAGAACAGGCUUCUGAAGCAGAGGAUUGAGACAUUGGAGAAGGAAAGUGCUGCUCUAGCAGACAGGCUGAUACAGGGUCAGGUGACGCGGGCGCAGGAGGCGGAGGAGAACUACGUGAUCAAGCGGGAGCUGGCGGUGGUGAGGCAGCAGUUCAGCGUGACCAGCCAGAACCUGGAGAAAGCCCAGGACACCAUCGGAGAACUGCAGCGGGAGAAGUACACAGAGCAGUUUGUGACCGGUCUGCAGAUGCAGCUGGAGCAGUCCCGGCUGCAGGAGGCAGAGCUACUGGGGGCCCUCAAAGAGAUGCAGGACAAAGUACUGGACCUAGAGAAGAGGAGCAGCUCUCUGCCUGAUGAGAACAACGUGGCCCAGCUGCAGGAUGAGCUGAAGCUGGUGAAGCUCCGAGAGCUGGAGACACUGCACUCCUUCAGAGAGAUGCAGGACACGGUGACCGAGCUCAACCAGCGCUGGCAGCUCUACAUGUCAAAAGGUGGCGGGGGUCACUGGAAGGAAUCCCCCAAGAAGAAUGCCCUGAAUGAGCUGCAAGACAAGCUGAUGGGGGUGCGUCUGAGAGAGGGCCAAGCCCAGGCUGAACUUAGGGAGGUCAAACUCCAAGCCAUACAGCUGGAGAGCCAGAACCAGAUUCACAGCAAGCUGAUUGGGCGCCAUGAGGUGGAGAGCGCCGCCAUGCAGGAGAGGCUGCAGCAGCUGGCGAGCCAGAACAAGGGGAUGCUGGCCCAGCUCACCGAGAUGAAGAGGAAACAGGCCGAGCUCGACUGCAAGAGUAAAGAGGAGGUGAUGGCGGUGCGCUUGCGGGAGGCUGACAGCAUGGCUGCCAUGGCUGAGUUCAGACAGAAGAUAGCUGAGCUGGAGAUACAGAAGGAGGAGGGUCUGAUCCAGGGCCAGCUGAACCACUCUGACUCCAGGCAGUAUAUCACCCAGCUUCGAGACCAGAUCGGAGAGCUCAAGAAUGAGAUCAGGCAGCUCCGCGGGCAGCGCUCCAAGUUCGCUCCUAGUUCCCGGGAUGGGGGCGGGGGCUACCCGGAUCUGUGUCUAGCUAGCCCCUCGUCGGCCGGAGGCGACUACCUGAGCUCGGAUGAGGACCUUCUCCCCAGCCCCAUCCCCCCUAACGCCAUGUACCCCGCCCUGCCCCACCCCUCGGCCAGGCUGGACAGCGAGGGCAGCACCGACAGCGAAGCAGAGGCCCACCCGGACCACCCCCACCACGGCCCCUCGCAGCAGCUCUACACUAGCAUGGUGUGUGCUGAGGUCCUGGACAACUGAGCCAUGGAGAUCCCUGGAAAUACCUGGUCCUGUACUCAGUAUCUCUUUAGUAUUAGAGAUGCUGUACUCGCCCCAACUUUACUGUACUACUGUUUUCAUCCUAAACUACUGUAACCUGUAACGGACAUCCUCCCCUCCUCCUCCUUCAUGUUGGUGCCAUGGUCUCUCUCUUUUCUCCAUUUCCCCCUUUUACUUCUCUCUUCUCUCUCUUCACUCAUCCCUCUCUUUAUCUCCCUCUCUCUCCCUCAAUCUCUUCCUCCUCUACAUUCUCACAGACCCUGUAUUCCCUAUGGGGGUUGAGUCAAUUCCAGUCCUAUUCCCCUGUCCUGUCCUGUCCUUGGCAUUAGUUUCCACACUGCACUCCGGACCUGAGUGAAGAACAGAUAACUUCAGUAUGCUCGCUCACUGUGCAGCAAGCAUAUCCUAUCUGCACAGAAAGCCGAGAAAAUAAAAGGGAUUGAAAAUGGACCAAAAAAAUUACUUUCAAUACUCCAACAAUACCACACAGCAGUGACUAUGAGAUGCAUAGGACAUCACUUUGAUUAAAUGAUUCCCCUCAAGUUUGUAAGGACUUCAAUAUGGACUUGGGAUCGGUAAAAGAGGAUAUGGAUGGAUGACUUGUUGGGCUUGACCCUGCUCGUACUGUCCCGUGAGCAAGAUGUGGGACUUACUGUCUCCCUCCAUCUUUCUCUUUCCUCCUCCUUUUCUCUCUCUCUCCGUCUCUUUCUGUCAUUUCAUCAUUCCAAGAAGACCCAUUGGCCACCUGCACUGCCUGUCAAAAUGGAAACAACCAUCCACUGUAACCUCACAAUGCACACUUCAAAACAAAUGAGAGCGAGAGGGAAUGAAUGAAGGAUAGAGGUAGGAAAGGAGUAUGGUAUGGACUUGUACACAUCAAUAUCAUAGGGAUGUUACUAGAUGACAUCACAUGCAUAGAUGAAUAUUAACAAUUUACCUUACUGAAAUGUGUUUGUUGUGUCUGUCUUGCAAAUGAAACAAGGCAAGCGAAUUACGAUGGCUAAUGUCAACCACAAAAAAAUCUCAACGUUGCCAAAUCUUAGGUCAUUUUUCUGCUAUUAUUUAUGUUCUUAUUUAUUUUAAUAUUUUUUUUAUAUAUCUAUAUAAAUACAUAGAUACCAACGGCCGCCAAACAUUAUAUAUACGUUGAGUUCCCUCGGUCCUUUGUGCCAACUUGAAUCCUGAGGCUGAGGUGUCAACGGACGGCGUCCUUGACGACUCAUGUCAGAGAGACGGAACGAAUGCGCUGCUAUGAUUUUCCUUUUUUCUCCCAGUCUUCUUUUAUGUUAUGUUCUAUCUGCUCGACACGCGGUCGAACUUUACACCCCUUAGGAAUCAGUUGUGAGUGCGAAAAGUACUGGUAAGAAAUAGUUGAACGGUUAUGGCUAUGCUUCAUAAUGAUGUCUCUACCUACGACUUAUGCAAUACCCACACAUAAACAAGUCCUUUUAUAAUCUAUUUGAAAUGUGUUAAGGCAUUUUUAAACCCUAAGAGAAUGUAUCAACCCACGAGUGUUUAUAAGAGGACAGCAAUGGCUCAGUCAAUCAUUCAUUUUGUCUAAUGGUGAGGCUGGAGUUUACUAGUUCGAGUCUGCUUGGCAUGUGUCCGUCAAAAUGCUGUGUGAGUGACGUGAAGGGGUUCAUUUGAAGUUACCAACAAAAAAAAAGAGAAUUUGUUGAAAUUGACUAAUCAGAGGCAAAAUAAUAAUAAUUUACCAGCUUCAAGUGUACUGAUCAGAUCAUCAUAAAUAUCAUUAUCAAGUUGGACCAGGGUUAUCACUCUGUUUGUCUCUGUUCUGUUGUUGUCGUCUCAGUCAUGGUGCUGUAUGGUGAAUUAUCAAUACCUCUCCUUCCAGAACAGCCAACUGUGACAUCACUUCCUCUUUCUACUGCCUGUAACCAAUAGGAUUUAGGGAUGGAUGGAAACAUUCAGUUGAACGUGUUGACUGAAAAUGUCUGACUAUCUGAUGCACGCUGUUACUACAGCUUCAGAUGGCUAAAAUGCACAGAUGUUAACAGACUGGGGCAGUAUUUUGCCUAGUAUAUACCUCAUUGGCUAACUAUGUGGCAUAUCAUCCCAAUUGUCUCGAAUAUAUGACAUGCUUGUUAGAAUUAGCUUUAGCUCAGUCAUUAGGAGUGGGGAGACUAAUGCAUCGGCUUGGUGUCAUGUUUCCAAAGCAUUCAAAUGUUCCGUGUUUAUAUCAAUGAGUCAGAGUUGAUCAUGGGAAUUGAUGAUAGCCAUCUGGAAAGAAGCUCCAUGUGGUUGCUAUCCCAAUGUCAAGGGGGAAAGGGUGCCAUACAAACUCUAUAUAGAUGGAAAAAGCAUUGUCCUACCUCUGUGGCAGACACUUCACAUAUCACAUUUUGAUAUAUUCUUACAACAGUGGAAGCAAAACAUAUUGUAUAAUUCAAUAAUAUUCCAUAUGACAACCUGAACUAAAGUAUUAAUAUAAAUAGAUCACAAGAAUAAUUGAGUUGAUUUGCUGAUGCAGAGGAUGUGUAGUAAUAUAUUCAGUAGGGUGAUAUACGAUCCUAAGAUUCUGGAUAUACGAUCCUAGGAUUCUGGAUAUACGAUCCUAAGAUUCUGGAUAUACGAUCCUAGGAUUCUGGAUAUACGAUCCUAAGAUUCUGGAUAUACGAUCCUAAGAUUCUGGAUAUACGAUCCUAAGAUUCUGAUCUAAGAUUCUGGAUCUAAGAUUCUGGAUAUACGAUCCUAAGAUUCUGGAUAUACGAUCCUAAGAUUCUGAUCUAAGAUUCUGGAUAUACGAUUGUAAGAUUCUGGAUAUACGAUCCUAAGAUUCUGGAUCUAAGAUUCUAGAUGUUGAUUCUAAGAUUCUAGAUCUCCUCCUGACUUAAAGCAGUGAGUGCUGUUCUGGGAAUAUGGGAGUGGAUGCUUAGAGUGGUUAGUGAGAACUUGUAAGGUUUCUUGGUUGUAUAAUGCUAUGCCACCAAGCCUAUGCAUCCCAACUUUGUAUCAUGUUUUCUUGUGUUCAAAUUAUGCCACGAUUUGGUGUGUGUCUGGCUUUUGUCACACAGUGAUGCUGAAUGACGGGGGAACCUGUCACCAACUGCCAAGGAAAUAAGGGAGCUCCUCUGCCAUGUAGCCCAUAUUUCGCUCGCUCAAGUAUUACAAAUAACCACCUUUUCAGAGGUUAAACCAGUGCAGCAGCUGAAAUCACUGUUGUCUGGUGUAACAUCCUGGACCAGUCAGUUACGGCGUUACUUUAGCAAUGGGAGGGAGUUCGGAUGCCAUGUGUUGUAGAGUAUAGUUUUGGUCAGUGGUGGAAAAAGCCCUUGAGUUUAUUUUACCUUUAUUUAACUAGGCAAGUCAGUUAAGAACAAAUUCUUAUUUUCAAUGACGGCCUAGGAAACAGUGGGUUAACUGCUCAGGGGCAGAAUGACAGAUUUGUACCUUGUCAGCUCGGGGAUUCGAACUUGCAACCUUUCGGUUACUAGUCCAACGCUCUAACUACUAGGCUACCCUGCCGCCCCAUACCUGAGUAAAAGUAAAGAUACCGUUUUAAUAGACAAUUACUCAAAUAAAAAGUGAGUCACCCAGUAAAAUACUACUUGAGUAAAGCUAUUUGGUUUUAAAUAUACAUCAGUAUCAAAAGUAAAAGUAUUAAUCAUUUCAAAUUCCCUGCAUUAAGCAAACCAGACGGCACCAUUUUCUUGCUUUAAUUUUUUUUUUUACGGUUAGCCAGGGGCACAUCGACACUCAGACAUAAUUUACAAACAAAGCAUUUGUGUGCAGUGAGUCCGCCAGAUCAGAGGCAAUAGGAAUGUUCUCUAGAUAAGUGAGUAAAUUUGACCAUUUUCUUGUCCUGCUAAGCAUUCAAAAUGUAACGAGUACUUUUGCGUUUCAGAUAAAAUGUAUGGAGUAAAAAGUACAUUUAUUUUCUGUAACUUUUACGCCACUAAAUUCCUAAAGUUGUCAAAAAUAUAAGUAGUAAAGUACAGAUACCAAAAAACUACUAAAGUAGUACUUUAAAUGUAUUUUUUACAUAAGUACUUUACUCCACUAUUUAGACACUACUCGACAGUGUCUAAUUUACACAGUCUUGUGCACUCGCUCCACACUUGCAUAACACCAGGGUGUAUAACAACCUUGCAUAAUACAAACACUAUACUGCUGUUCAGAGAUGGUGCUUCGAUGCGGAGCUCCCCAGUGUCCCAACUACAACUGGUAGAACUGUGACUAAAAUACUUUUUGAUACACAUGAAGAUGCCCUCUGAUUCAGUAUUUGUCAUCCAUGUAGUUUUAUGAUUACCGUUGGUAUGGCAAUUCUUUAAUCUGAACCAAGAUCAUGUUUAAAAUCUUAGGGUGUGUCGAAUGGUAGGGUUCCAUGUUUAAAUCUAGAUAGUGCCAUAAUGUAGGUAGAUUUAUACAUAGUAUAUCAAAUGCAAUUUUCAUAGACAGUUUAGCAUUUGCACUCUGGUUUAGGUUGGUGUUCACCAAAAAUAUCUCAAAGGUGAAGGCCGCUGUUGAGCUACGACUGAAGGAUCCCCAAUAUGUUUAAGAUUUUUAUUUAUAUAUAUAUAUAACCAUGUUAGAAUAAAACUGCAACACUACAUGCCGUUGACUGUUUCUCAAAGAAGAGAGAAACAAAACAUGGAGACUCCCCCUUAAGGACGGUGUCCUCCAUGCAUACCCUGGGUUGUAUUCAUUAGGGCACUCAAAGUAAAAUAUUUUAAAAUGUUCUGCAACAGAAAACAAAAAUGUGUGUUUCUUAUUGGACAAGUCCAUGAAGUACCUCCCGGUUUCAGUCACUUUUCUUCCAUUUGGUGCCUCAAACACAACCCUGGUGUAGGACAGGUCGGUAUCCACUUUACUCCCUCCAACCCUGUUCACUCUCUCUUGCAAUCCUACCAAUGUGUUGUCAAGUAUAUUAAUGACAGUAAUAAAGAUGAUAUUAAAGACAAUAUUAUGAAAAUA